UGCGCCGCUAAGCCGCACAAGAGCUCCAGUGUGACACGCGCAAGGGGGACUGAAGAGAGCCAAGCAGACGAUGGAAAGCAUUCACCUCUUCCUGUACACCUUCCUCGUGUCUCACUACUUGUGGAGCGUCGUCUUCAUCUUGUGGCUCUCCGUGAGCGGGACGCCCACGGAGCUCAGCAACUAUGGCUUACCUCAUUGAAGUUGGCGAGCACGAGCGCGGAGACUCGCGUCCGAAUCGUUAUGGACUCUUGUGAAAUUCCUGCGCUUCCUCUUCUGCGAGCCCAAGCAGGAUUUCCGCAGGAUAUCUAUUUCACAUAACGCUCGAGCCUGAAAUGCAUCAAGUUUUGGUAAUCACGGCGGAAGGUUUUGUUUGAAUAGUGCGUGCGUAAACGCAUUAUUAUUAUUAUUAUUAUUAUUUUUAUUUAUUUAUUUAUUUUUUUGCUUGCGCAUGCUUACUUUUUUGGGACUCGGUAGUCAAUCGAUAAGGUCCAGUCUUGCCAAGUGAACUUUGCGCACAAGUCCGCCAUGGCUUUACCAGACAGCGGCAUAUCCGCAGAGGAAGUUCCCUUCCCGGAGAUCGUAGAGCUGAAUGUCGGCGGUCAGGUGUACAUAACCCGCUACUCCACGCUCACAAGUGUGCCAGACUCCCUUUUGUACGAGAUGUUCAGCCGCAAGUCGGCCAAAGGACUGGCCAGGGACACCAAAGGGCGUUUCUUCGUGGACCGGGAUGGCUUCCUUUUCCGCUACAUCCUGGACUACAUGCGGGACCAGCAUCUGGUCCUUCCCGACCACUUUCCCGAGCGCGGGCGUCUGCAGCGGGAGGCCGAGUUCUUCAAUCUGCCCGAGCUCGUCAAGCAACUGGCGCCCAAAAUAAGCAAGCAGAACUCGUUGGGAGACGACGGGUGUCAGAGCGACCCGGAGGACUCCUCGCCCGGGGCGGACGCCGCCCGGAAUCUGGGGUCGCUCGGCGCGGCGGCGGCCUGCGCCGGCCUCGCACCCCACUCGAUGGAUGGGAAGAAAUCCGGCUUCGUCACCAUUGGCUACCGCGGCUCGUACACCCUUGGCCGCGACAGCCACACCGAUGCCAAAUUCCGUCGGGUGGCCCGGAUCAUGGUCUGCGGGAAGACGUCCCUGGCCAAAGAGGUCUUCGGGGAGACCCUGAACGAGAGCCGCGACCCCGAUCGCCCGCCGGAGCGCUACACGUCCCGCUACUAUCUCAAGUUCACCUUCCUGGAGCAGGCCUUCGACAAGCUGGCCGACGCCGGCUUCCACAUGGUGGCCUGUAACUCCACGGGAACCUGCGCCUUUGCCCACGAGCAGACGGACGACAAGAUCUGGACCAGCUACACUGAAUAUGUGUUCCACCGUGGUUCAUCGGUGAUUCCCAAAGCCAACACAACUUCAGAUUUCCGCAUUCUCCCUGAAGUGGCCCCAACCAAACCUCAGGCUGAGUCGGCUUCAGUGGAACCCAGCAGCAACAGCAGCACAAGCUUUGGUGGUCGAACCCAAAGCCUCCCAGAAAGUAGCAGCAUCCCAUCACCGGACGUACAGCCACGACCCCUUAACUCCCCCCCUCCUCCCCUCACACCUCCACUUCCUUCUCCUCCAUCAAUUCCCCUGAGAAGCCCUGAACUCCCCCCUCACCCCCCUCAUGUCCCAACCCAGCCGCUGCCCUCAACCAAACCUUGCCCUAUCCCCAGUCCUCCCUCGACUCCGCCUCCCUUCGAGAGCACCCAGCACCCAACCAACCUCAUCCUAAAGACGCUGCCCCGGCUCACUCCGCGAGAGAACGGAGGUCCCCUUACUGUUGUGAACGAAGAUGAGGAGGAGAGAAAGAUGCUGGAGGAGGAUCUAAAGAAAUGCAUUGAUGACUUCAAAAAGAUCCGCAUGCCCAAAGUGUUUCCAGAUCGUAAGAGGCACUGGCAAAAUGACUUGCUCAAGAAGUACAAUGCAUAGUGUGCAUCUGUUUAAACAUGCCCAUGUUAUACCAAUGAACAGUAGAGUCCACAGUAUUUCCAUGGUGCUUGUAUCCACAUUUUGUGACCGCUGUUGACAAGUUUCCUCAAGCUCUACAAUUAGAUGCCAUCAGCAAUGCAAUUCACUGAGCAGAGUGCUUAGCCCUCAGCUAGUUUACAUGUUAGCAAUAACCAAGUUUGCAGGCAUUUGUGUUCAAACAUAUUAAAUAUUUUCAACAGUACAGUACAUCAUUGAUAAUGUGAUGCUCUUAUUUUUAAAUUUGCUCUUGACACUACGACAUUGUCAAUAACAAGUUAUGGGUGGGUCGCUACUAUUCAAAUUUGCAAGAAAGACAUUUAAACCCUCAAUGGAUUAAAAUGGGACUCUAAAGAACAGGGGUGGGUAAAGAAUAGCCUGCUCUGUUCUUUAUUUGUUGCAGUUAUUUAUUUUUUUCUUUACAGUGGUAAAUUAAAAUAUAUUUUUUAUUAUUUUAUUACAUUAAAUAAUUGGUUAAUUUACUUAUUGUAAAUAAUCAAAUCAAAAUCUAUAAUUGGUUAAUUUAUUUAUUGUGAAUAAAAUAAAAAUUCUAAAAUAACCAAUUUUACAUCUACGUGUAUAUUAAGAAAUAUUUAUUCGUUUAUUCUUUUUCCGUACCGCAUAUCCUCACUAGGGUCGCGGGAGUGCUGGAGCCUAUCACAGCUAACUUCGGGCAAGAGGUGGGGUACACCCUGAACUGGUUGUCAACCAAUCGCGGGGCACAUACAAAAACAAACAACCAUUCGCAUUCACAUUUACACCUACAGGCAAUUUAGAGUCUUCAAUUAACGUACCAUAAAUGUUUUUGGGAUGUGGGAGGAAACCGGAGUACCUGGAGAAAACCCACACAAACACGGGGAGAACAUGCAAACUCCACACAGGUGGGGGCGGGAUUUGAACCCCAGUCCUCUGAACUGUGAGGCAGAUGUGCUAACCAGUCGGUCACCGUGCUGCCGACAAGUUAGGUAGAUGUUUUACUUAAGUUAACAUGCAUGUUUCUGGAAUGGAGGAAGCUAGAAUACACGGAGAAGACCCACACAAGCACGGGGAGAAAAUGCAAACUCCACACAGGAUAGCCACAGCCAUGCGAUAAAUAUAUUUGUAAAAAUACUUUCACAGGGACUCAAUGCAAGAAAACAAGAUGAUUAAAAGGAGAGAGGACGUGACCAACCAAAUCCUCAAAUUUGAUAGAACAUGCAGGAGGACGACUCACAAGAAAUGUACAUGCUUGGAGAAAAAACUGAUAAAAGUAUAUGUCUGAGCACUGAAAUUCCUGUUGAUAAUCAUCCAAAAUAUCAAAGUCCGUCAAUGUUGAGUUCAAAGCUUUUUCACUCUGCACUGCUUGUGAUUAAAAAGCUAAGCCGU